GAGCCUGCGAGCGCCCGCCUGGUGGUGGUGGUGGUGCACGCAGAGAGGGAGGCGGCGCCGGGGAUCCGCCGCGGAGGAUGCGGCGGCGGCUGCGCCCGAGUGCGCGGCGCAAUUUUGGAGAGCCCUGCAAUCCGUGGCGCAAUUGCUGCUGCUGCUGCUUAGGCUAGCCGCCCCGGGGCGCAAGGCGGCUGCAGCAGGCGCCGGCUGGCAGCACCCACGACUGCACUGCACGCGACGCCUGGCGUGGGUGGGGGCCGAGGGAGAGCCGGCUUGGGGAAGGGGCUAGCCGCCGCCGCUGCGACCCGCGGGAUAUGAGAUCGCGGAGUCCCUCCUCUUCUGCCGCCUUCCACAGAAGCCGCUUCGCGCCCCCCUAAUGCCGAGAGGGAGACCGGCCCUUUGCCGAAGGGCGCCCCCGCCGCCUGCGUGCCUCGCAAGCGCCUUCCUCUUGCGAAGAGCCGCUGGGCCGGGGGCGCGCGCUCCGCUUUGGCUUGCAGCGGGACAGCGUCAACCCCCAACCUCAGGCCCCUUUUCAAACAGAGGCCAGCAGCACGUAGCGUCAGCUCGGUGCAGGGCGAGGUCUGAAACCAAGCGCCCGAAGGUCUCUGCUGGUUAAAACAGGGGAAGCAAGCAAGAGAUGUUGGGCAUCCAAGAGCCUGCUGCUGGCUUGGGCGACAUGGUGGGGAGCAGGAAGCUGAUUGCCUUGGGGGCCGUGCUGGGAUGGCUAGUGGUGGUCCACCUGCUGGUCAACAUCUGGCUGCUCUGCAUCCUCUCCGGGCUGCUGGCACUGCUGGGCGGGUGGCUGGGCUCCCAGGCGGUGAUCAGGAGCAGCAGCCGGGUCCACCUGGAGAGGUUCCUCCUCCUCGAGGGCUGCCCCCCCAGCGCUGAGGCGGAGAGCCAGCUGGACGCGGAGAUCGACAGCAUGAUCCAGAAGAUCGUCCGGGAUUUUGUCUCUUCCUGGUACCGGGCCGUCAGCAGCGAGCGGGGCUUUGAGGGCGAGGUGCAGCGAGCCAUGAAGGGGCUGGCCGCGGAGCUGAAGAGGAGGUUGGCCCAGGUGGACAAGCAGCUGCUGACCCAGAAGGUGCUGCUGCUCAGCGGGUGCCACCUGCAGACCUACAAGAAGGCCCGGGAGAGCGUGGCGGCCGGCGGGAGCCCCGGCGACGCGGCACGGAGGGCCGAGCGGCUUUGGCAAGCGUACUGCGGCUUGUGGGCCCCACACCUGGCCGUCCAGAGCCCCGCCAACGAGGCGGACUAUGCCCGGCGCAUCGUGGACUUGCUGCUGCGAACCCUGGUGCCCCAGCCGCACCUGGAGACCAGGACUGGGCGCUUUGUGGUGGUGGAGCUGGUCACCUGCAACGUCUUGCUGCCCAUGAUCAACAAGAUGGCCGACCCCGAUUGGCUCAACUUGCUCCUGGUCGGGAUCUUCUCCAAGACCGGCAGCAAAGUAUCCGGGGGGAAGGAGAAGGGGAAGGCGUUGCCACCGGUGCCGGCCCCUUCCUCAUGCCCGCCCGUGGCACCCGACUCGUUGCCGCUGCCAUUUCCGCCGGAAGCGGCUUCCGAAGGCCGGGCCCGCUCUCCGAGGGGUUCCGAGCCUUCGGUUGGCGAGACACUACUGGAUGGCCUGGAGUGCCCCCUGCUGGAGGGGAAGGAGCCUGUCAGCCGGGAGCUGAGUGCUGACAUGGACGGGAGGAGAGCCAGUACCCUAUCAGUGGCCUGCCUUCAGACAGAGACUCUGGGGUCCUUCUUCCCCUGCGAAGACUUGGAAAUGGAGUCCCCCAUGUCUGACAUAGGGAAGGAUUCUGGCUGCGUGGCCCUCCCAGAAGAAUUCCUUGCAGACUCCCUCGCGGCUCUGGAGGGCUCCGAUGGCCUGGAGCAAGAGGACGGGGUGGGAGUCCAAACCAGGUACUCGGAGGAGGAGAUCUCGGACAGCAGGCUUCGCGCCCUCAGCCCCUGCCCCGGCAUCCAGAUUGAACCCGCAGCGGAGAAGGACGAGACCUUGGCUUCCCUGGCCGCUCUUUUGGAGGCCUCGGGGAAGUCGUUCUUGAGGCGGCCGUCCUGCUUGGAGAAGGAGCUGGGGCCAUCCGAAAGCCUGGCCCACAGCCCGCAAGACCUUGUCCAGCUGCCCAGCCUGCUGUCUUCCUCCCCCACGGCCCCCAUGGGCACUUUCAGCUUUGAGCCACUCAGCAGUCCCGACGGCCCGGUGGUCAUCCAGAACCUGCGGAUUACUGGCACCAUCACCGCCCGAGAGCACAGCGGGACGGGGUUCCAUCCCUACACCUUGUACACUGUCAAGUAUGAGACAACUCUGGACAGUGAGAAUACUAGCAGCAUUCAGCAGGUGGCUUAUCACACCGUGAACCGGCGGUAUCGGGAAUUCUUGAACUUGCAGACCAGACUGGAGGAGAAGGGGGAUCUGCGCAAGUUCAUAAAAAAUAUAAAAGGACCAAAGAAGAUCUUUCCUGACCUUCCUUUUGGUAACAUGGACACAGACAAAGUAGAAGCUAGAAAAAGCCUCUUGGAGUCAUUCCUGAAGCAAUUAUGCGCCAUUCCUGAGAUUGCUAACAGUGAGGAGAUGCAGGAGUUCCUCGCCCUAAACACUGAUGCUAGGAUCGCCUUUGUCAAAAAGCCUUUUGUGGUCUCCAGGAUCGACAAGGUUGUGAUGAACGCCAUUGUGGACACGUUAAAAACAGCCUUUCCCAGGUCUGAGCCCCAGAGUCCUACGGAAGAGCUCAGUGAGGCAGAAGUGGAUGGGAAGCUGCAGAGCGAUGGGAAGAAGCCUAAUAAGUCUAGGCUGAGGUUCCCAUCUAGCAAGAUCGCUCCGGUACUGAACGUGGCCGCAGCACAAGAAAAGGUGGUGUACUCCUUGAGGGAAGGCACUACUGUCUCAGAGUUCCUGUCCCUGGCAGGGAUGGAGUCCUUCAUUCAGAAGCAGGAGAAACUGCUAGAGACAGUGCUCAAGGAAGGCCCGGAGGGCAAAGGAGAUGGUGAAUUCUUUGGACAUUCCGCAGAUCUGGAUGUGAGUCUCUCAGAGGUGUCGCACCAGCCACCGGCAGGCAGCUGCAGUUCUGCAGGAUCAGAGUCCCUCCUGGCAGACACUGCCCUGGACCUCCUCCGUCUGGUCAUGGUGGAUCACUGGAGCUGGCUUUGCGCAGAGAACAUGCAGAAGGUUCUGCACAUGCUCUUUGGGACCCUGAUCCAAAGGUGGCUGGAAGUCCAGGUGGACAACCUGACCUGUACACAGCGCUGGGUACAAUACCUACGGUUACUCCAGGAAUCCAUAUGGCCAGGUGGAGUCUUGCCUGUGGUACCCAAGCCACUCAGAACAGAGGAGCAGAAGGUGGCAGCAGAAAAGCAGGCCUUGCAGAGUCUCAUGGGGAUCCUGCCAGAGCUCAUCCUAGAAAUCCUUGGGACCAACAAAUGUCAACAGAGCUGGAGCCUCGUCCUGGAAUCCAUGCAACAUCCCAUCAUAAACAGGCAUAUGGUUUACUGCCUUGCAGACAUCCUGCUGGAGUUUCUGAUCCCCGGUUCCCAAACAGAUAAGCCCAAGAUGACCUCUGCAGCUGCUUCUGCCUGUGGCAUGGCUGAGACGAGAGCUGGCCCUUCCUCACACUAACUUAGACUGGUGACAUUACCAGUAAAGGCAUUAAUUCUUCAGCAUUGCAUUUCCCCUGGACUGAGGCAAGAACUGCUGAAAAAGCCUCACGAGACGGACUUCUUCCUGGGUUUACUGACUCCAAUACAAGUGGUCCAAAGGUGUGCACCUAUACUGUAAAAUAGUUUCCAUUCCAUAACUUCAGGGAACUGAGGUUCGUUGUUGGAAGAGACCCCUUUGUAGAGAAUAGGAUGAGGCCCCCAAUUCUGGAUCCAUGGAUUUUAUUUCCUGCCUGUCUCCGUAGGCAGUGGUUAAGCUUUUGGAGUUGGACCCUCCAAGAGUACAUGCACUUAUAUGGGCAUUCAUGACCUCUGUUUCUGUUUUUGUUUUUCUCCUUUCUUCCCUUCUCCCUACAUAACAUUGUGGUCAAGAGAAGAAAAACAAAUGUUGUUAUUUAGUAAAUAAAGCUACCUUCCCUUUA